GUGCCGCAAAGGCCUCGGCGAGUCUCGGGGUUGGAGCCAGGCAGAUCUGUACAGAGAUACCGUAACUGAUUCCCAGGGCAGCUCAGGGGCACCGAGCGGCUGCCUGGGGGCGGUAGUGGCCGUACGCCCGGCAGCGGUGGUGCCCGCGAGGGUGAGAGUUGAGAGUAGACCACACGCGGCUGCGGUCAGUCAGUGUUGUCAUGCCGGGCUCGUGGUGAGGGUCAUGGCUCGCUCACACUUCCUCAGGACUACCUCGGGCUCGGGGCUGCAACUCGUGGUGCUACUGUGCUGUGUGUGUGCCUGCGUCGGACAGUAUUACCGCUACCCGCUCAAUGAGAUCACGCUGGAGCAGGUGGGCGUGGAGCCGCUCGCGCCCGAGACGAGGAGUUCGCGGUGCUACAACGAGUUGGGGCAGGCACAGAAAUGCGUGCCGGAGUUCGUGAAUGCAGCCUUCGGGAGGCCCGUGGACGUGACCAACACAUGCGGGGUGGAUCGCCCGCAGGAGUACUGUCUGCAGACGGGCGGGUACGGCUCGCAGAAGGCGUGCGAGGUCUGCAACGCCUAUGUUCCCGCGCUGGCCCAUCCGCCACACUACCUCACCGACUUCAACAACAACGAUAAUCAUACCUGGUGGCAGUCCGAGACCAUGUUCGAGGGCAUCCAGUUCCCCAACCAGGUCAACAUUACGCUCAACUUGGGCAAGUCGUUCGAUAUCACCUAUGUUCGUCUGUUCUAUCACUCGCCACGCCCUGAGUCCUUCGCCAUCUUCAAGCGCACUACUUACGGCGAUAACUGGACGCCCUAUCAAUACUACAGCGCGACCUGCCGAGACACGUACGGUAUCCCAGACUCCACGUAUGUUCGGCGCGAGGACGAGACGCGGGCCCUCUGCACCUCCGAGUUCUCCGACAUCUCACCACUGACAGGCGGCAACGUGGCCUUCUCGACGCUGGAGGGGCGACCGUCGGCUUACGUGUUUGAACAAAGUCCCGAGCUGCAGGACUGGGUGACCGCCACGGAGAUCCGCAUCAUCUUGGAUCGCCUCAACACCUUCCGAGACGAGGUGUUCGGCGAUACGCGGGUUCUGCGCUCCUACUUCUACGCCAUCACCGACUUGGCUGUGGGCGGCAGGUGUAAGUGUAACGGCCACGCCUCGGAGUGCGUGGAGUCGACGGGCGUGGACGGCCAGAGCCAGCUGGUGUGCCGCUGCGAGCACAACACGGCGGGGCGGGACUGUGAAGAGUGCCUGCCCUUCUACAACGACGCUCCCUGGGGCCGCGCCACCUCCAACGACGCCAAGGAGUGCCGCCCCUGCAACUGCAACGGCUACUCCAACCGCUGCUACUUCGACCAGGAGCUGUUCGACAGGACAGGUCACGGCGGAUACUGCCUCGACUGUGCCGCCAACCGCGCCGGCCCCAACUGUGAGCGGUGCCGCGACAACUACUACGAGCGGCAGGACGGCGUCUGCAUCGCCUGCAACUGUAACGAGAUCGGGUCCCGGAGCCUCCAGUGUGCCAGCGAUGGCCUGUGUCAGUGCAAGCCCGGCGUGACGGGCGACAAGUGUGACCGCUGUGCCGAGAACUACUUCGACUUCGGGCCGCAGGAUAGAGCUUUUGGGAUUGAGGGAUGUAAGCCAUGCGGCUGCAACAAUGCCGGCAGCCGGAACAACGAGGCAAGCUGUGACCCCUCGUCGGGCGUGUGUGUCUGCAAGGAGAAUGUGGAGGGCCAGCAGUGUGACCAGUGCAAGCCAGGCUACUUCAACCUGGCAGAGCACAACGAGUUUGGCUGCACGCCCUGCUUCUGCUACGGCCACUCCUCCAUCUGCUCCUCAGCCAGCGGCUAUUCCGAGGGAGUGAUUGAGAGUGGGUUCGUGCGUGGCGAGGAGCGCUGGGCGGCCGUGGAGUCCACUGGCCGGUCAGUCCCCGUCAACUACAACGCUGUCAUGCAGAGUCUGGCGGUGUCUGCACCAGGCCGGGACAAAGUAUACUUCCUGGCCCCAGAUCGUUUCCUUGGAGACCAGCGAGCCAGCUACAACAAUGAGCUGUCCUUUUACCUGCGCAUCGGAGAGCUGGGUCCUCAGGCCACCACUGAGGACGUCAUUCUUGAGGGUGCCGGGCUGGCCAUCUCGGCACCCAUCUUCGCUCAGGGGAACAGCCUUCCCAGCACACAGAGACAGAAGUACGCCUUCCACCUUCAUGAAAACUCAAAGUUCGGAUGGUCACCUCGACUGGGCUCCCGCGACUUAAUCUCUCUGCUCUCCAACCUGACAGCCAUCAAGAUCAGAGGAACUUACACUUAUGAAGGCCGAGGCUUCCUGGACGACGUGAGCCUUGAGACGGCCCGCCGAGGGUUGUAUGGUGUGCCUGCCACCUGGAUUGAGAUGUGCACGUGUCCUGAGGGGUAUGUGGGGCAGUACUGCGAGUCCUGUGCUCCCGGCUACCGUCACAGCCCCUCUAAUGGUGGGCCCUUCGCCUCCUGCAUCCCCUGCGACUGCAACUCUCAUGCUGAUAUCUGUGAUUCCGAGACAGGUCGGUGCAUCUGCCAGCACAACACAGCUGGGGAACAGUGUGAGCGAUGUGCCAAGGGCUACUAUGGAAAUGCUCUGAGAGGAACAGCGACUGACUGCCAGCCGUGCCCGUGUCCCAACGGAGGUGCCUGCAUCCCGCUGCCAGACGACACAGUGGUGUGUCUUGAGUGUCCCACAGGCUAUGCUGGACCACGAUGUGAGCUAUGUACAGACAGUUUCUUUGGGGACCCCCUGGGGCGGCACGGACCCCCGCGCCCCUGCGAAGAGUGUGACUGUAAUGGCAACAUUGACCCCAACGCUGUGGCCAACUGUAACCGCACGACAGGAGAGUGUCUGAAGUGCAUCUACAACACCGGAGGAUUUUACUGCGACCAGUGUCUGCCAGGCUUCUAUGGCGAUGCUCUGGCAUUGCCCAAGGGUGACUGCCAGCCCUGCUACUGUAACGCUUACGGCACUGUGGCUGAGAAUUAUGGCCCACCCGUGUGUGACCAAGUGUCGGGCCAGUGCCAGUGCAAGGCCCACGUGACGAGCCUCAAGUGCAACGAGUGUGAGCCGGGGUACUGGAACCUGACCAGCGGGAGGGGUUGUGAUCCAUGCAGCUGUGAUCCCAUUGGUGCCCUCAACAACACCUGCAACGUGAACACCGGCCAGUGCUUCUGCCGAGAGGGAGUGACGGGGCAGAAGUGUGACGUGUGUGAGGCCUACCACUACGGCUUCUCACUGGACGGCUGCCAACCCUGCGACUGUGAUCCUGUGGGCUCUGUGUCCCUGCAGUGUAUUGCCACUGGCCAAUGUCAGUGCCGCGAAAAUGUGGAUGGUCGCCGCUGUGACAGGUGUCAGGAGAACACUUAUGACAAGCAGGCUGGCUGUCGAGACUGCCCUGCCUGCUACUUACUGGUGCUGGACAGCGUCAGCAUACAUCGGGAGCGCCUGGCCGAGCUGGAGCGUCUGCUUCAGGACAUUCUGAUUCACCCGACGGUGCUCAAUGACGAGAUCUUCGAGGAGACGCUGGCCACCGUCAUGAGUCAGGUGGAGGAGCUCUGGGACGAUGCUCAGGAGGCUGCACGCUCAGGAGGGGACAAGACCGUGGCUCAGCACAUGGAGGAGCUGCAGGAGCGCAUUAUGGAUGUGAAGGAGCUGCUCCAGGGGAUCAAGAAUGCCAUUGGGCUUGGGUCGGACAUGGCCCUCCAAGGGGAGCACAACAUCACACAGGCAGAAGGAAUCAUCCAGCGGGCUCGUGAGGCACUCAGGAAUGCACAACUCUACCUGGAUGUGCAAGGGAAUGAAGCGCUCACAAAGGCUAUCGAACGCUCCAAAGAGUUCGGGCAACAGUCUGAUAGGAUGACACAGAUUGCUAGUGAGGCGAGAACCUUGGCAGACAGGCAAGAGGACGAUGCUGAGAACAUCGAGGACGUGGCAUACGAGGCGCGCAACACGUCGAGUGAGGCCGUGACUCUGGCGAGGAAGGCGGUGGACGAUCAGCGGGACAUCACUGACUUGAUCAAGGAUUUGGACAACGAAGUGGUGGAUAUUGCAACCUUGCACGAGGAGACACUGAAGAGUGCCAACGAGUCUCGCGUCAUGGCCAAAGCCACGUACCUGGAGGCUCUGGCGAUAUCCACCGAUGCGUCCAGCAUUGCCAUCCCUCCCAUUGAUGCUGAUGGACUGAAGACUGAAGCAAACAGCCUGUCCCGCGAGGCUGAGCGCCUUAAGGCAGAGGCAGAGGAGCUGAGGGCAGGCCGACAGGAGUUGAUGCACGGCGUGGAACUCCAACUUGAGGAGACGACCCAGCUGGUGGAGCGCGGCCGAGAACAGCAACAGAUCACGGCAGAGCUGCUGGCAGACACCUUCACGGCCGAGGGACAAGCCAAGGACGCCAUCAGGACUGCCGAGAAAACCCUCUCUGAAGCGAAGGAGACACUCAACAUCCUGGAAGGUUUCGACAAACAAGUGCAAGAAAGCUAUGAGGAAGCGCAGGAUGCCCUGAGACGGGUUGAUGAGAUUGAGGAGCUGAUCCGUGAGGCCGAGGACCGCACACAGGAGGCUGAGGAAGCCCUGACGGGAGCUGAGGCAGAUGCUAAGGGUGCUCGGGACAUUGCCAAGACGGCCCAAGACACGGCCAACGAGGCCAGCGAGCAGGCUGGUGAGGUGCGUCUCAAGGCUGAUGCUACCAAGGUGGAGGCCAGCGCCCUCAAGGAUGAGGCUGACCAACUGGCCACUCGUGUGGCCGCAACGGCCGCCCGUGUUACCAUCUACGAGAGUCAGGUAGAGUCUGAUGAGGAGCAGGUGCUGGAGGCACAGGAGAAGGCCAACCAGGCAAAGGGCCGUGCAGACGAGGCCAGUGCCCGUGUGCGAGAGGCUUCCGAGACUGCAGAGGAGAUUGUGGAUCUUCUUCAGCGGGCAACAGACCUGGACCCAUCCCAGCUGGACGAACUCGAUCGUCGCCUCAAAGAGGCCUGGCAGACAUACUACCAGAGUGGCAUUGAGACGACCGUGUCAGAGUUCACCGAGGCUCGUAACUGGCAGCAGCGCCAGAUUACCCUCUAUGAAGAGGAAAUCAGGAAGCUUCAGAUAGAAGUCCGUAACAUUGAGGAGAUCAAAAUUUCCCUUCCAGAUGGAUGUUACCGUCAAAUAAAGCUUGAGCCGUAAACAUGUGAGGGUCCCAGUAACGGUAGUUUUUGGAAAUGAGGGAAGCUCAAGGAGAACACUUCUCAAUCAGGGAGCAAUACAAGGGUUUGGGGAGAAAUCAGCCUCUUCCAUUAACUAAUGUAUAUAAAAUAUUUGUGCAUCUGGCAUCUGUUCUGCUAAAACUUACUUUUUUUGUUAGGUCUUGUAUAAAUUAAACCAAAGGGUAAAACAACUAACAUCAUCGUUCUCCAGCAGAGCGCCUGCGUAGUGCUGGCACGCUGCUGUCAAGGUUGUGCCACACUUGCCUCUUUUGUUGUUAAGUAAUUACUAGGACUGUUUAGGGUACAGGCGAUCCCCACUUUAAGAACAUCACCUCAACAAAAAUUUUCUUUAAUGAUGUGCAUGUUUUACUUCCCUUCUUGCACCUAACAAACAUCAAAAUUAGCUUUCAUGUUUGCAGUUUUCAUUAAAUGAUUGUUAUAAAAACAAAAUAGGGCAUGAUAUAAAAUAGUACUAUAAUACAAAUUAUCAAGUGCUGAGAGAAUUGAAAAAUUAACGCAUGUUGCAAGACCGGCACCAACAUGGCAUAUUCCUCCUUUUCUAUUACCAUUGUAGUUUUUAGCACGGUAAACUAUCACUGAAACAAAGGAAGGGGCGGCAAAAGUUACUGGCAAAAGGCUGAGCUGCUUGGAAAGAUACUAAUAACAUUGCUACAUCAAUUACUCCACAUCAAAACAUAAGACAAAUAUUAAUUCAGACCAGCAAUAAAGGGGUUAAUAUGGGUGGAUGAGGGAAAAAUCGGGGUUUGGGAACUAAACUAUUCAACCCAUGUUAUAUUAUGUUUCACCGAGUGGGGGUCGCCUCUACUGGCUCUGUAGGUGAUGCAUUUUUUCCCAGUCAUAUCAUAGGAAGUUCAGUGUACCAUGAUGACUUGUAAUGCUGAAAAUUAUUGGAGGUCUCCUGUUGCUACAAGGGAAUUGACGAAUCUUACCAGAGUUCUUUGGUUGAGAAGUUGUGUUGUUUAAGGCUUAAGGUUACAUUUUUUUUUUUUUUUUUUUUUGCAGGUCAAAAAUCAAUAUGCCAAAUCAGGUUCUGCCAUGAGGCUGUGAUGUGCCAACACUGCCAACCUUUCCCAGUCUUUCAGUGGCUUUGCAUACAAGCGUCAGAGCAGUGCCUCACAAUACUCACUUCACUACUUGGGGACACGGCUGCCUCUGUGUGUGUUUCAUGAUUGAUCUUUUGAGAGUAGCGUUUAAUUACGGCAGAAAAGAUGACGUCUGAACGGGCUUCGGUUUUGUAUAGUCUUAAUAGUUUGGAAAAAAUGUCAAAAGUUAUUACAAUAAGUAGGUUUGAUUUUAACACUUCAUAGGAAUUAAGUUGCAAAAUUCAAAUAUUUUUACAAGUUUUAAGGAUGCUAGUGUAUACUAUAUCUUCUUGAGGAUGAAUGUCACUUUCAUAAUUCUCUCCUUUAUGUGUAGACCUUUAAGUCUUGUAGAUAUCACUUAAAUCUAUAAAAUUUAAAACAGACUAAUGUGACCAACCUUCAGAAUUAUAAAUUAUUUUUGGAUGGCUGACAUGACCCACAGAAUGUACCGUGUACAUCAGGCAGGUCAAAGGACUUUUAGAUUAUUUAAAAAGCUGAAUAAUACUUUUGGCUCCCAACACUGCAGGUGACUUCAAAAUUUUGUUACAGCUGUGCAAAGAAAUUUUACAUGAAUUUUAUCACUGUACAUUUAACACAUUCAUAUUGAGUGACAAUGUAACAACGUAACAGUAAUCUGCAGGCUGGCCGAGGCUGGGGGGCAAGGCCUUUCUCUCUCUACAGAUUCAACCAAAGACAUUUAAAAACAGGUAAAGGGGAAAGGUGGCUUGCCCCUCGGCCCCUCACUGCUGCAAACUGCCAAAUGGUUCAUUGUGAUCUUGCAUAGGUGCCAAUACUUAGAUUACAUUAAUAAACUUUUUGAUUAAAA